AUGGUUUUUGUGUUCUUGCAAAAGGUCCUGGGGCCAACCACUGCCAACAUCUUGGCCGAAGCCGAGGCCGAAGCCUCCAAGUACGCGGAUGGACUACAGAGCCUGGAAGUGGAGUGGUCCGAAGACACCAACGAGCCUCACCGCAUUCUGACUUGUCAAAUAUGCCAACUUUUUGUGCGGACAGUCGAUCGGCUGCUGGACAAAUCGGAGCAACUCAUGGAUCAUUACUUGCCCCUUACAGAGGAGGAAAUAGCAAACCUGAAGAAAGCGGUAGAGGAAUUGGACGAUUCCACCAAUGAUCAUGAGAUGCAAGUGUGCUUCGCCCGGAUCAGCAACCUCUCGGGCAAACUUCGCCAACGUGCCUACAUGAUGGCCCUGAGCAAGCUGAGGGUAGCCCGGAAGAACACCGAAGAAAAUCUGGCCCAGCUUCAACAAACCAUCGAUUUG